CACAGACAUCAUGGGUCAUGGGAAAUAUGCAUGACAAAUCUAGAACCCGUUUCCUUCUCUUUUCUUUCUGUAUCUCCAUCUUCUUUGUCCUUGUUUACUUUCAAUUUCGUCCUCGUAGCAGGAGCUAGCUUCUACAUAGAAGCGCCAAACACCAACUCCGAAAUCAUGACCUCCGGGGCAGCGGGCUGGAGCAGCCGCGCGCCUAUUCAUUUAAGCCAGCCGGAAGGCGCGCACGGAUCGCGAGCCACAGAGUGGAAAGGAACGGCAGGAGUCUCCUCAAAUGCGGCAGGGCUAGAGGAGUUUUCAGCAGUAGGCCCAACGUGUGGCCUACUCCCGUAGCACGCAACGACCAGAUGUGUAGGGGCACUCAACGACCAGAAGUGUUGCUGCAAAUUCCUCGGCCCCAAGUAUUUGCCCCAGCGGCGGCAGCCAGCGAAGUGGUAGGAGGAACGACCGGCGCGGCGGAGAGACCGGCUGCUAGGACACGCCAGAGCUCCGCCUGGGCUCUUCACAUCGACGCCCGCUUCUCGCCUAUCAUUGGAUGAAGCUAAACAGCGCCUCUGACUCUCUUCUAUGUUUUUGGCGUAUGUGAUUUAUCCAUAGAUUAACAUGAAAGCCGUGCUGCAGGGUCCAGUAUCCUUGUUGCUGGUGUCCUGGUUGUGCUUUCUAUAUGUGUCGCGAGUAGGAAUCGUUGGCGUUGUUGGCGAAAGUGAGGCAAAAAAGUUGGUAUAGUUGGCGAGUUGGUAUAGUGGCCGGGAGAUGAUGGCGAUGGCACUUCGGUGUCCGCCUGACCCACCUUCCCUGCGUGACAGCCAUCUGCGGCCGUUUGCACAGGGGGAGGCAAAGUGUGUCGCACUUCUGUUUAGCAUGACAAAUCUAGAAAUCUUCCAGACCGAGACAUAUCUGCAUUUGAUAGGAGGAAGUGCUGGACAACAUCGUGGUCACCAAGAUUGUUCGAGGCCGGGACAAGGACCCGGACUGCAUCGUGGAAAAGGGGGACAUAUUCAAGAAAAAAACACCAUCACAAUCACUCUUGCACAUUUUUGCAAUACAAAAUUUUUUGUCAUGCGCAAAAAUGCAUCACAGUCAAGACUUAUUGAUGAUUUCCCUUUGUGUUUUUGCAAUACAACAAAAAUUUGUCAUGCGAGAGAAAUUUCUGAUGCAAAACCUCCUAGAUGUGAUUGUGAUGGUGUUUUUUUGCUUGAUAGGACACCAUCCGAAUACACUACACCCUGCGCUACGUCGACCUCACCGCGGAGGAGAAAAUCAAGGGGAAGAAAAACUGGAAGACGGUCGACGAUACGAGGGAGAGAAAAGAGUCCUUCGAGUUUGUGGUUGGGAACGGCGAGGUGGUUCGCGGCCUCGACGAGGGCGUGCUAGGCUUGUCCCUGCACGAGAAAGCAGAAAUAUCCGUGUCCCCUUUCUACGCCUACGGGUCCAGGGGCGCCGGGAUAGUAAUACCACCCAACACGCGGGUACUCGUAUUUGUCUUUGCCUGCCGGCAACCCCGAGUUUCUUCACCAUUUGUGCCGCCACUUCUGGUUCUCCAUUUUGCGUGUUCAAAUAAAACACGGGUAUCCCUCAACCAGGUAUUAUCGGUAAUCAAUCGUUGCGUUCGGGUGAGCCGGGCCCGGGGGGGCGGAAGCCCCCCCGCCCCCCCGGGCCCGGCGAAGCCGCUUCCCAUUUGCGAAGCAAGGAAGCGACGGCGGAUUACCUUACGGGGGAUCUAGAUGGAACAAAGGGGCGCCCCCCAAAGUGGGGCAGUAGCUUCGGGGGAAGGGCCUGCUAAGCUGGAACCGGGGUCGGCCGCGUGGGCGGCCAAAAGGUGCGCCAAAAACGCAGCCUCCCACCGGGGGAAGGUGUAAAAAUGGUGAUUUUUGCGUCCAUAGGCGCAUUGGUAUCCGGAAAAUGAGAGUUUUUUUGUGUCGCGAAUCCCCCCGGUACGCUUGCGAAAAAGUAGCGAAAUUGGACCCUCCGUGGGUCCGCAGUAGCGUCGUCUUUCGCAAGAAAAAAAUGAAAAAAUGAAAAAAAAUCGCCCAUUUGUAAUGGGCCUUGCGCUCAAUCCGAAAUUUGUCAGGCCGCCAAACACGGCGGCACGCUGAAAGCUUAGUCAGCGUAUAGUCGUGUUUAGAGGUGUAACGUUUUGCCAUUUUCGGGACGGAGGCCUCCGCCUGAUCAAGCCGAAUGCCAUCGCGUUUGAGGUGCAAAAGCGCCCUCCGCAAAAAUGCAAGAAAUGAACCAAAAAAAGCCCACACGAAAAUGAGCAAAAAUCACGCGCCCGCCAUACCGUGCGGGGUAACAUUAGGCGCGACGGUAUGGCGCGCCAAAAUUUUUGGAUUCUCGCGCGAUCACCCGCGCGCAGCCCGACCCGCCCCUCAAAGGGGCGCCCUUGAUCCGUUCCACUCUUUGCAGCGCCUUGGGCUCGUUCCUCUCUGGCGCCCGAAUAGUUUGCGCCUCCCGUUUUCGCGCGGGCGCGGCCGCCGGAAUGCGCGCGUCGCGGUUUUUUCUUCGCAAAGUGAACAGCGCAACGAUUGAUUACCGUAUCGCCCGACCGGGCGCGGAAUUCAUACCAAACCAAAAAAUCCCUCAACCGGGUAUAAGAUACACGGGUACUAUCCCAAGCAAAAAAUCCCUCAUCAACCAGGUAUACUACGACGUGGAGAUAUGUCAGAUAAACGACGUUGGCAGCGGCAUAGGCGAGCUAGAGCAAGAGGAGGACGAGCUUGACGCGAUCCUUGCAUCCGGUCUGCCCGAGGGGGAGAAGCUCGUGGCAAGCAGCAGUGAAUCGGAAGAUGACUAGCUGUGUGUAUGAUUAUUUCGAAUUGUCGUAGUUUCCGGCAAGCGUGGUUCCGGUUUCGAGUUCAUUUCGUUCUGUCUGCAGCAGAGCGAGCGCAAGCAAUUUUUACGGAGUGUCUUCCGUCGUGUCCGUUUGGUGCGAGCGGCUGGUUU